AUGGUAACAAUUAGAGCCGACGAAAUUAGUAAUAUUAUCCGUGAACGUAUUGAGCAAUAUAAUAGAGAAGUAAAGAUUGUAAAUAUCGGUACCGUACUUCAAGUAGGCGAUGGCAUCGCUCGUAUUUAUGGUCUUGAUGAAGUAAUGGCAGGUGAAUUAGUAGAAUUUGAAGAGGGUACAAUAGGCAUUGCUCUAAAUUUAGAAUCAAAUAAUGUUGGUGUUGUAUUAAUGGGUGACGGUUUAAUGAUACAAGAGGGAAGUUCUGUAAAAGCAACAGGAAAAAUUGCUCAGAUACCAGUAAGCGAGGCUUAUUUGGGUCGUGUUAUAAAUGCCCUGGCUAAACCUAUUGACGGUCGAGGUGAAAUUUCAGCUUCUGAAUCUCGAUUAAUUGAAUCCCCCGCCCCAGGUAUUAUUUCGAGACGUUCCGUAUAUGAGCCUCUUCAAACAGGACUUAUUGCUAUUGAUUCGAUGAUCCCUAUAGGACGCGGUCAACGAGAAUUAAUUAUUGGGGACAGACAGACCGGUAAAACGGCAGUAGCCACGGAUACGAUUCUCAAUCAACAAGGGCAAAAUGUAAUAUGUGUUUAUGUAGCUAUUGGUCAAAAAGCAUCUUCUGUGGCUCAGGUAGUGACUACUUUCCAGGAAAGGGGGGCGCUGGAAUACACUAUUGUGGUAGCCGAAACGGCGGAUUCCCCCGCUACGUUACAAUAUCUCGCUCCUUAUACGGGAGCAGCUCUGGCUGAGUAUUUUAUGUACCGUGAACGACACACUUUAAUCAUUUAUGAUGAUCCCUCCAAACAAGCGCAGGCUUAUCGACAAAUGUCUCUUCUAUUACGAAGACCUCCCGGUCGCGAAGCUUAUCCAGGAGAUGUUUUUUAUUUACAUUCACGACUUUUGGAACGAGCCGCGAAAUUAAGUUCUCAGUUAGGUGAAGGAAGUAUGACCGCUUUACCAAUAGUUGAGACCCAGUCCGGAGAUGUUUCGGCUUAUAUUCCUACUAAUGUAAUUUCCAUUACAGAUGGACAAAUAUUCUUAUCCGCGGAUCUAUUCAAUGCAGGAAUCAGACCUGCCAUUAAUGUGGGUAUUUCUGUCUCCAGAGUAGGAUCCGCCGCUCAAAUUAAAGCUAUGAAACAAGUAGCCGGCAAAUUAAAAUUGGAAUUGGCCCAAUUCGCAGAAUUAGAAGCCUUUGCGCAAUUUGCUUCUGAUCUCGAUAAAGCUACUCAGAAUCAAUUGGCAAGGGGUCAACGAUUACGUGAGUUGCUCAAACAAUCCCAAUCAGCCCCUCUCACGGUUGAAGAACAGAUAAUGACUAUUUAUACUGGAACGAAUGGUUAUCUUGAUUCAUUAGAAAUUGGACAGGUAAGAAAAUUUCUCGUUGAGUUACGUACUUACUUAAAAACGAAUAAACCUCAGUUCCAAGAAAUCAUAUCUUCUACCAAGACAUUCACCGAGGAAGCAGAAGCCCUUUUGAAAGAAGCUAUUCAGGAACAUAUGGAACGCUUUCUACUUCAGGAACAAUUAUAA